AUCUACUUCGCAGCAGAUGGCUCAGUGUCAGUGUCGAUGUAUGCCAGCCCAAAUUACUCAAGAUGGGGAGGCAGCAACCUCAAGCCCAAUAAAUGCCUUGUACUUGCAGAGAUCGUGAACGUUCCGUCGAGAUUCGUGUGCAGGUUUCCGUAUUAUGUCGUAAAUAAUACAGAUCGGAUCAUGUGUUGGUAUUUGUUGGUCGACUGUGGAGAUCAUGAACCCACACAAGAAGUUAUCCAUCCCAACAGUCCAAGAGGUGUAUUCCUAGAACAAGAUCCACAAUAUGAAGCUAGGGUCCAAAAUGUACCGAUCGACACACCGAAACCAUCGCAUCACCUUGACAAGAUCCUAGAAGAGUACCGUCGAGCACAAUUAUCAGUAGAGUAUGACCAAGAUGACAUGUCAAUCUUCGGGGCAGUGGACGAGGUGCAACAAACUGUCACGCUAGCCUUAGUUCCCCAGCUAUGA